AUGCCGAAGGAUGCGGUGGUCAUCAUUCGCUAUGGGCCGUACAGUGCAGUUGGCCUAUCUGUGGAGUACCGCACCUUCCGUCUAGAGGGCCUACAAGCUGUGUUGACCAGAGAUGGACACAAGGUCAUCCUAGAGAAGAUAGAAGACUGGAAUGUGGUGGAACUCAUGGUGAACGAAGAAAUUGUCUUUCAUUGUAACAUCCAAGACUUGGAGUUCGGAGGUGAUGGCAAACUAGACCCUCUGUGUGAAGAGGCCAGGAUAGCCGUCCUAAAUGCCUACUGAUCUCCUUGUCCGAACGGGCUCUGAAGUCAAGAGAACAGCAGCUACCUCUGGCCCUUCUGUGCAGCAAAAAAGCAGCCUGAGCCUUUGAAGGCUCUCGCAAUCCCAGGUAAGGCCAGCCUGUCCUUCAG